UUGAGAGCGUCCCCCACCAGUAGCCCUAAAGUGACUCACCUCCGCACCUGGGCUAGCUCCUAUUUCACCAGCUCCUGCAGUGACAGCUGGAGGGCCUGGGAGAUGAAGUUUCUCACUCCCCAUUCAGGUCUCCCACCCUCCACUCUCUCCCCAGAGAAUGGAAUAGUUCCUGCGCUUCCCCAGGCAAGGACACUGGGGAGGAGGUAUGUACUUAUGGGCUGGGCCUGGCUCUGAGAGACCUGCCAGGUAAGGCCAUGGGUGUGGCCGAUUUCCAGAGCUGACCAGAGCUUGCAGAAGUGGCUUCCAGGCCUUCCUCUAGGGCCACUGCAACGAUGUCUUUGCUUUCUAAAAUCCAGUUCCCCUCAUUUGCCUCACCUGUACCUGGGGACAUCACCUUUGGAGCUUAGGGGAGAGAUUGGGCAGAACCAGGGCCUAGGUGGAAGCUGCCGUGGGAAGAAACUGAAUGGAACUGUCUUUUCUCCUUAGGGUCCGUGGCCCGGUCGCCAGGAGGAGCUACUCCAGGUUGCCAUGAGAGAGACCUUGGAGGCCCUCGGCUCCCUGGGAUUCUCUGUGGGACAGCCAGAGAUGGCCCCCCAAAGUGAGCCCAGGGAAGGGUCCCAUAAUUCCCAGGAGCAGACGUCCUCUUCCAGGGAAGAGAGAGCGCUGGGCAUGUGCUCAGGGCACGAGGCCCCCAGGCCAGAGGAAGUUACCCACACUGAACAAGCUGAGGCUCCCUGCAGAGGAGGCCAGGCGUGCACACCACAGAAGGCUGAGCCUGAGGGCUCCUGCCCAGGGGAGGAGUGGAUGAUUCGGAAGGUGAAAGUGGAGGAUGAGGAUCAGGAGGCAGAAGAAGAGGUCGAAUGGCCCCAACAUUUAUCCUUACUUCCCAGCCCUUUCCCCGCACCUGACCUGGGGCAUCUGGCCGCCGCAUACAAGCUGGAGCCGGGGGUCCCAGGAGCACUGGGUGGGCUCGCUCUGUCUGGGUGGGCCCCGAUCCCCGAGAAGCCCUACGGCUGCGGGGAGUGCGAGCGGCGCUUCCGGGACCAGCUGACGUUGCGGCUGCACCAGAGGCUGCACCGGGGCGAGGGCCCCUGCGCCUGCCCGGACUGCGGCCGCAGCUUCACGCAGCGCGCCCACAUGCUGCUGCACCAGCGCAGCCACAGCGGCGAGCGGCCCUUCCCGUGCUCCGAGUGCGACAAGCGCUUCAGCAAAAAGGCCCACCUGACCCGCCACCUGCGCACGCACACGGGCGAGCGGCCCUACCCGUGCGCAGAGUGUGGCAAGCGCUUCAGCCAGAAGAUACACCUGGGCUCGCACCAGAAGACCCACACCGGCGAGAGGCCUUUCCCCUGCGCGGAGUGUGAGAAGCGCUUUCGCAAGAAGACGCACUUGAUCCGGCACCAGCGCAUCCACACGGGCGAGAGGCCCUACCAGUGCGUGCGGUGCGCACGCAGCUUCACGCACAAGCAGCACUUGGUGCGCCACCAAAGGGUGCACGAGGCGGCCGGCCGGGCCCUGCCCUCUCCCGACUCGCCCGCCUCGCCCCAUUCCCCCGCCCCGUCCCCUACUCCGUCACCUCCCGGGCCGAAGCCUUUCUCCUGCUCCGACUGCGGGCUGAGCUUCGGCUGGAAAAAGAACCUCGCCACGCACCAGUGUCUGCAUCUCGGCGAGGGUCGCCCGUUUGGGUGCGACGCGUGCGCGCUGGGCGCCACCGUGGACCCCGCCGCCGCCGAGCCCUUAGCCUGCGCGCCCCGAGGGCCGGGCUGCGGCCCAGGAUCGGAUGCCUGCUCCCUGCGCUGCCCCAUCCUCCCAGCGCCGUCCGUCAUGUCCUGCUCGUGA